GUAGUCUCUCAUGAGGGGAAGUGGGAGCCCAGGGUCGUCACAUCCGGGGCGGGGGUGGUGUGGGAACGUGAAUGGGCGAGACCACGGAGGAGGAACUUUUCACUAGUUGUGGAAACUAACCGAGGGCCUGGAAGAGACCAGGCAGGAAUCGAGUAACAAUCCAAAGUGCAGGCUUUGGGACCACGUGGUCACCUUGGUCUUAGAUGAAUGGCACAUAUGAUCGGCUGGUUCUCCUAAGCGGAGAAGAGCAGGAGUUCAUGUAACAAGGAAUGGCAGAAAUGAAGGAUGUUUUUGGCCAGGAACCACAUCCAGUUGAAGAUGAUUUAUAUAAAGAACCAAUGAGAAAAAGAAGGAAAUCAGAUCGAGACCAGCGUUUCCGAGCAUUUCCCUCUGUGGAGCAGAGCGCUCUUAAGGAAUACGAAAAAUUGGAAUCACGGACCAGAAGAGUUUUGAGCAACACUUAUCAGAAACUUAUUCAGUCUGUCUUCCUGGACGAUAGCAUCCCUAAUGGAGUCAAAUAUCUCAUAAAUAGGCUCCUUGCCUUGAUUGAAAAGCCGACAGUGGACCCAAUCUACAUUGGAUUAUUUGGAAGCACUGGGGCUGGGAAGAGCUCCCUGAUCAAUGCCAUCAUCCAGCAAGCAAUGUUUCUACCGGUGUCUGGAGAAAGCAUAUGUACUUCCUGCAUUGUACAAGUGAGCUCCGGCUGCUGUGCACAAUAUGAGGCCAAAAUCCACCUUCUGUCUGACCAGGAGUGGAGGGAGGAGCUGAAGAACCUGACUAAACUCCUGCACAGGACGGAGGAGCUGGGCAGAGAAGAGGCAGAUGCAUGGAACAGGGAUGAGGCAGUGGAGGAAGCCACCUGGAAGCUACAAAUGAUUUAUGGAAAUGGGGCAGAAAGUAAGAACUAUGAGGAGUUACUGAGGGCGAAGCCCAAAAGGAAGAUCCCCACCUCCAGAGUCAUCACCCUCAAGGCGGAAGAGGCAGAAGAGCUGUCCAUCAAGCUGGACCCCUACAUCCGCACACAGAGGAGAGACUGGGAUGGAGAGGCCGCUGAGAUGCACAUCUGGCCCUUGAUCAAACAUGUAGAAGUGACUCUUCCCAAAUCCGACCUGAUCCCAGAAGGGGUCGUGCUGGUGGACAUCCCAGGCACAGGCGACUUCAACAGCAAGAGGGACGAGAUGUGGAAAAAGACCAUUGACAAGUGCUCAGUGAUCUGGGUGAUCAGCGACAUAGAGCGAGUUUCUGGGGGACGAGCCCACGAAGACCUUCUGAAUGAGAGCAUCAAAGCCUGCCAGCGGGGCUUCUGUAGGGACGUGGCCCUUGUGGUCACCAAGACGGACAAACUCCACUUGCCAGAAUACCUACGAGAAAGAAAGGCGGGAAAUCAAGCUAUUCAGAGUCAGCGAGAGGCUGUUUUAGAAAGAAAUGAAAUGAUAAAACUACAAAGGACUAGAAUUCUCAAGGAAAAACUGAAGAGAAAACUGCCAGCUGACUUCAAGGUUCUGGAAGCCUCAGAUCUGGUGUAUACAGUCAGCGCCCAGGAGUACUGGCAGCAGGCUCUCCUCACCGAGGAGGAAACGGAAAUCCCUAAGUUAAGAGAAUACGUCAGGAAGAGGCUCUUGGACAAGAAGAGGAAGAUGGUGACCAAGUAUGUGACUGAAGCCUUUGGCCUGUUGCUCCUCACAGAUAGUUUCAGCUCCACACAAAACCUGCCGAAUGAACACUUGCACAUGAGUGUCCUGCGGAGAUUUGCGGAAGAGAAGGUUGAGCUGCUGGAGAAGGCCAUCGGGCAGUGCUUCGCCUGCAUGGAGCAACCUCUACAAGAAGGGGUCAGGACCGCCAGGACUUCUUACCGCUGCAUCCUCAGGGCAUGCUUGGUGAGGAGUAAAGGAAACCAAGGUUUUCAUCAGACCCUGAAAGCUGUUUGCCUGAAAAAUGGCAUCUAUGCCUCCAGGACUCUGGCAAGAAUUGAUCUAAACGAAGCCCUCACUCAGCCCAUCUAUGACCAGAUCGACCCUGUUUUUGGAAGCAUUUUUAGGACAGGGAAGCCCAAUGGUUCAGCUCUGAUGCCUCACAUUGAUGCUUUUAAGCACUCCCUGCAGGAGAAAAUGACAGAAAUUGGGAUAAGAAGUGGCUGGAAAUAUGAUAGCUGCAAAAAAAAUUUCCUGAUCCAGGAGAUAAGCGCCAUCCUGGGGGGCCUGGAGGACCACAUCCUCAGAAGGAAGAGGAGGGUCUAUGAGUCCCUCACCGCCUCUGUCCAGAGCGACCUGAAGCUGUGUUACGAAGAGGCAGCUCAGAUCACGGGCAAAAAAGCAUGUGAGCGGAUGAAAGAUGCCAUCAGAAGAGGAGUGGACCGGCAGGUGGCUGAGGGCAUGUUUGAAAGGGCCCAGGAGAGGAUGCAGCACCAGUUUCAGCAGCUGAAGACUGGGAUCGUGGAGAAGGUGAAGGGCAGCAUCGCCACCAUGCUAACCCUUGCUUCGUCCCAGGGGGAUGGCCUCUACAAGGAGCUUGCAGAUGUCGGGAGUGAAUACAAGGAGAUGGAGAAGCUGCACAGAAGCCUGAGGGAGGUUGCGGAGAAUGCACGGCUGAGGAAGGGCAUGCAAGAGUUCCUCCUAAGGGCAUCCCCCAGCAAGGCUGGCCCCCCUGGGACAUCACUGUAAUUCCUGGGGCUUAGUCUCAAUGGAUGAAAAAUAAGCCCAGAGCCAGAGAAUUAGAAUUACUUUUUUUGUUCUUAAGAGACAGGGCCGGGCGCGGUGGCUCAAGCCUGUAAUCCCAGCACUUUGGGAGGCCGAGACGGGCG